CAGGUAGGCAGAAGCGCCGCCGAAGCGGCGGCAAGCCCGGGUAGGAGAUCUGCGCGCCGCUCUCACACGCGCAAGCCUAGCAACCGCUGCAGUAUCUCAGCCUUCCGUGGGGCGACAACAGCGGAGGUGACGGGGAAAGGAUACGAUCGUACGACCACGACACGGCGAGGCGCCGGCGCUAACCUUCAACGACUUCGCUCUCCCGGGCGACUGCGACGGAACGAAGUCGGCCUGGUACCGUGGAUAGCCGGUAAUACCGGCCGCUUCCUGACGGGAAACCUCACGCUGAAACUGAUCUGUGAAUCAACAAUUGCAGGAGCGUCAUCGGAACAUCGACCUGCCUUAGGAGUGCAGACAAAAAUACAGGAGCUUCUUCAAAGCACACCUCAGUCUGCCGGAGUGUCCAGUUGGCAUAACUACCCGCCUUAAAGAGCCGCUGCACUGCUAAGCAUCGCUGUCAUACGCAUAACACUGCGACCUCCCCGAUUGCCCCAGGGGUCGUUCAAGGUUUGCCUCCAACCCCCGUGCUGCCUGAAGGUUAACAGGUUCGACUGAUCGCGAGGACAUUAAGACUCUCAAGACGGCAAAGAAGGUUCCAUACUUCAGAACACGGACUUCAUCGGUGCGAACUCUAUACUUCACCGGAAGCAUUAUCCUCUGUGGUUUCGCUUGACAAGACGGCGAGGUCUGUAGGCGAAGUCGUCUUCGGUGCCUUCGCGUGGGCCAUCACCGCUGCAGUUCUGAAGGCCCAGUCCGAGGGCGUUCGCGGCGCGACGCGUGAAAAGUGGAUGCGUCCGACCUUGUUCGGCGAAGUACGACGCUGUGACUACUGGUCCGAACACGAAUCCGUCCACCGAGACAACUGGGCUUCCAGCGAGUACUCCUGGCUCGUCUGUAAACAGAUAAAAUGCUGCAUAUGCUGAAGGGUCGCCGGCUGCCCUGCCUGAAGGUUGUCCUAUCUCGCUGCUCGUCGGAGCUGCGUUCUGCGAGACACAAGACCAUCGCCAUUCGGCGCGAAGAUGCGUCGCUGUGGGAACGGCGCGCUCCGCUGGCGCCACACCAUGUCCGGGCACUCGCCAAGAACGGCGUCAAGGUCUACGUGCAGCCUUCCAACAGGAGGGCCUACCCUAUUCAGGCUUACGUGAACGCCGGCGCCGAGGUGCGCGAGGACAUCAGCGACGUGCCGGUCAUCAUCGGCGUCAAGCAGGUCCCCAUCGACCAGCUGCACCCGAACAAGACGUACGUCUUCUUCUCGCACACCAUCAAGGCGCAGGAGGCCAACAUGCCCAUGCUGGACGUCAUCCUGGAGCGGAACAUCCGGCUCAUCGACUACGAGCGCAUGUGCGACGAGAACGGCUCGCGCGUGGUCGCCUUCGGAAAGUACGCCGGCAAGGCCGGCAUGAUCAACAUCCUCCACGGGCUCGGCCUCAGGCUGCUCGCGCUCGGCCAUCACACGCCUUUCAUGCACAUCGGUCCGGCGCACAACUACCGCAACAGCGGCAUGGCCAAGCAGGCCGUGCGCGAUGCCGGCUACGAGAUCGCACUCGCAAUGAUGCCCCGCUCCAUCGGGCCGCUCACGUUCGUCUUCACGGGAUCCGGAAACGUCUCGCAGGGGGCACAGGAUAUAUUCGAGUCUCUUCCUUGCGAAUGGGUCGAUCCGAAAGAUCUACGCGAAGUGAGCGAGCAGGGUGCCAUCACGAAGGUCUACGGCGCUGUGGUCAGCAGGGACGACCACUACCGAAGAAUCGAGGAUGACCACUAUGACCCUGAAGAAUGUGACCAAUUCCCCGAGCGCUACUAUUCUACCUUUUCCAAGGACAUCGCUCCUUACGCGUCGGUGAUCGUGAACGGCAUCUACUGGGCGGUCAACUCUCCCAAGCUGCUGACCAUCCCGGACGCCAAGCGCCUCCUGCAGCCCACCAACACGCCGUGGCUGCCCAGCAGUGCAGGGGCGCCGUCCCUGCCUCACCGGCUGCUCGCCAUCUGCGACAUCAGCGCCGACCCCGGUGGCUCCAUCGAGUUCAUGAACGAGUGCACCACCAUCGACGCGCCGUUCUGUCUCUACGACGCCGACCAGCACAAGAACACCGAGAGCUUCGCGGGCCCCGGCGUUCUUGUGUGCUCCAUUGACAACAUGCCGACGCAGCUGCCCCUGGAAGCGACCGACUAUUUCGGAAAGCUGCUGAUGCCCUACAUCAACGACAUCAUUUCCUCUGACGCGACGAAGCCCCUGUCUCAACAUCGAAUGUCGCCAGUCGUCGAAGGGGCUGUUAUUGCAAGCAACGGAAAGCUGACGCCCAAUUACGAGUACAUCGAGGAUCUGCGCAACACAUCCAGGUCCAUGAAGAAGGCGCAGAGUGCCACGGCUGCGAAGAUGAAGAAGGUGCUGGUGCUUGGCGCUGGCUACGUGUCGGCGCCUCUGGUCGAGUACCUGACGAGGGACGACUCUGUGCACGUCGUAAUCGGGACGGCGUUCCAGAAGGAAGGCGAAGCUCUUGCCAUCAAGACGCCCAACACCGAGUCCGUGGUCGUGGACGUCACGACAACCCCUGACGCCAUCCAGAACCUCAUCAAGGACGCCGAUUUAGUGGUCAGUUUGCUGCCUUACCCGCUGCACCCGACGAUAGCCCAGUACUGCAUCGCUCACAAGACGAACAUGGUGACCGCCAGCUACCUCACCCCGGAGAUGAAGGAACUGCACACCGCGGCGGCUGACGCGAACAUCACCGUGAUGAAUGAAGUCGGUCUCGAUCCUGGCAUCGACCACCUCCUGGCCAUGGAGUGCUUCGACGAAGUGCGCAGGAAAGGCGGAAAGGUCGUUUCGUUCGUGUCCUAUUGUGGUGGUUUGCCAGCGCCAGAACAUGCUAACAACCCGCUCCGAUACAAGAUCAGCUGGAACCCACGAAGCGCAUUUGUCAAUUGCAUGGGAUCCGCUCGAUAUCUCGAAAACGGCAAGGAGGUGGAAAUCCCGGCCGGCAGCCUUCUGGACAACGCCCAGGGCGUUCCCUUCCUGCCUGGCUUCAACCUCGAGGGUUACCCCAACAGGGACUCGCUCAUCUACAAGAGCACCUACGGAAUCGUCAACGCCCACACCGUACUUCGCGGCACGCUCAGAUACAAGGGAUUCUCCAGCGCAAUGAAAGGACUUCAGCUUCUCGGACUCCUCAGCAGCGAGCCCCAUCCCAGCCUGCACCCGAAGGGACCGGAAAUCACCUGGCGCCAAUUCAUGACGACAUUGAUGGGCCAACCGGACAAUCUGCUCACCUCGAACAUCAAGAAUCUCAUCUACGACAGGGUGGACAAGUGCGAUUUCAGGACCAAAGCCAUCGAAGAUCUGGGCCUCCUCGACGACGUACAACUUGAGAAGAAAAACACCCCCCUGGACACACUCAUCUUCCACCUGUCCAACAAGCUUGCGUACGAACCUGGCGAGCGGGAUUUGGUCAUCAUGAGGCACGACAUCGGCAUCCAGUGGCACGAUGAAAAGAGGGAAGUGCGGCACGUCGACAUGGUCACCUACGGCGACCCCAACGGCUACUCCGCAAUGGCGAAGACAGUUGGCUACCCUGCUGCCAUCGCUGCCAAGAUGAUCUUGCAGGGUGAGAUCCAGGGCAAAGGCAUGGUGCUUCCGUUCGCCCAGGAGAUCUACGGGCCGAUGCUGCAGCGACUCAAGAACGAAGGCAUUCGAUGCUCGGAGACGACCACGAAGAACUACCCGUAACGCGCGCAUCCACCGUUCCUCGCAGACUGACGUUUGUUCGAGGCAGGACUCGCGUGCGACGCGGCGAAAUCGCCGAAUCAUUCCGCGGAGCGAGAGUGGCCCGAUGAUAAGUAUACGAUGACGCAGCGAGAGAUACGUGCGUAAGGAACUGACGGCGGUGGCUCACGUUCAGCGCCUCGUGGAUAUAACCUAAAGCCCGCUUGCUCUUACGGUGGUGGCGCCACUAUAGUCCGACGUGCCGGCGCGGUAUAACGCUUCUUUUGCGUGCUUAAUCGUUGCAUUUUUGUAUUUUUUGUUCUUCAACGAGCGAUAUCAAUAGUUGCGCCGGCGCGUCGAACUACGCCAGUGACGCGAUUGCCGGGACAACCAGACUAUCGAAGUUAUAUGCCUACACUGUUUUGCAACGUGCCACGUCUCAUCGCGGAAUGAAUCGGCAGUUUCGCGUAACGUAAGAGUGAAUGUGUGUAUGCAUUCUGGAAGCAUUUUGCGACUUCGAACUGUGGUGCUGGCGUCGAGGCACGGAAUGAAGCACGACUCGUACAGCGUCGGAAGCAGCGCCAAAGCUUGUACAGUCGUCGUCGGAAAACUGCAUCGAAGCGUUGACGGGUCUUCUGCAGCCUUCACUGCCUCGCUUCCGUGUACAUAAGACGUUUUGCCGCGCUUUUUGCGCCCGGCCAACGUUACCAUAUUUUUUUACCUUUUAUGAAGAAUCACUCAAUAAAAAAAGUUCAGUGCCUAACAGC